AUGGGUUUCUUUGAAGACAUGAGGAAUAUCCACGGCCAACAGCUAGUAGUGAACCUAAAGGAAUAUAACAACAACCUACACAAAAUUUCUAAUUUGAAAAACAGGAGGAUCUUUCUUUUACGCUGCAGAGAACAGAUGAUCACCCCCACACACCUACAAGGUUGCAUCAAAAGACUGGACUCUAUGAUAGAAUUCAAGGAUGCCCGAACCGGACAACAGGUCAAAGAAUUCAACAACAAGUUAGGACGUAAAAUACUCACAUUUCAGAUCGAUAUUACUAUAAAAAACUUGAGAUUCUUGGAUAGUAGACAAUCUAUACUGGAUAAUUCAAUUUCAGACAUUUUAUCUGAGCAUACUUGGAACGAAUUCAAGAGAAAAACCACUAGUAAAGUUAAUAGAGCAUUCCACCGCAAAAAGGAAGCCAACAGGAGAAAAUUUGAAAGCCUAGAAAGUACACAGAGAAAGACCAUUGUGACACAAGAUAAAUGGCUGAAGAAUCUCACCGGACUCCAACUACCCAGUGAAGUAAAAACCUUUUUGUCUUUGGGUCCGAAGUUCUCACUUGUACCACAAAUCAGGGACAUACCAAUUAUCGAACUUCUAGCAACAGUAGAAACCUACAACACCAGCAGGAACAAUAACGAGUGCAACAUCAUAAGAGCCAAGGUAACCAACGUUAUCACAAACCACCUACAACAAUCGAAAUCCACAGGAUUACCCUACAUUACUCGAUUGGAAAAUUCAACAAAACGCUUUCUUAGAGAACACCCAGACAUCAUAGUCACUCAAUCAGACAAGGGUGGAGUUACCGUACUGAUGGAGAAAGAAAAAUACAUAAACCUAGCAAACCAACAACUCGGAGACCAAGAAUACUACCAGCAAAUUUCUAAAGAUCCUACGAGUACAAUCGAACAAAAAUUAAACAAGAAAGUCAGCGAGUUGAAACAAAAGAACUACAUCACCCCUGAAGAAGCAAAAGAGUUGAUGACCUACGACGGCUUAUGCCCGAAAUAUUAUGGCUUAGUCAAAAUUCACAAACCUGAGCUAUCCCUGAGACCAAUUAUUUCAUCGAUUGGCAGCCCAACAACCAGGAUAUCACAAUUCCUGAAAGAUAUUCUCUAUAGAACAUACAAUUUCAACAAUACAUACUACAUUAAGGACUCAUUCGACUUCACACAGUCUAUUAACAAUUUCAAAGUACCACCAGGUUAUAGGAUUGUAAGCCUAGACGUCGUAUCACUUUUCACCAAUAUUACUAUCGAAACAACAAAAAAGGCCAUCGAAUAUAACUGGCAAAGAAUAGAACAACAGUGUCAAAUUCCAAAGAAAGAAUUUAUGGAGCUGAUCGAGUUGGUGUUUAGUUCAAUAUAUUUUGCAUUUGAUGGAAAAUUCUACAGGCAGUGCAUAGGUACACCAAUGGGCUCAAAGUUAUCACAAAUAAUAGCUGACUAUGUCAUAGAUGAACUUCUAGAUGAGUGUAUACCCCAGUUGACGUUCAUAAUACCUUUUUGCAAAAAAUACGUCGACGACCUCAUCCUCAUGAUACCCGAAGGAAAACAAGAUGAGAUCCUUAAUGUUUUCAACAGUUUCCAUCCAAAGAUUCAAUUUACCAUUGAAGAAGAAUCCAAUAACUGUGUUCCAUUCUUGGACACAAAAGUGAUCAGAGAAGAUGAAACAAUUAAAACUGAUUGGCACAGAAAGACAACAGAUUCAGGCAGAUAUAUACAUUACACCUCAUACCACCCGAUGAAAAUGAAGAUUAACCUUAUCCUAAACCUGAAGACCAGGAUCACAACGAUCUCACACCCGACAUACCUUGACAAAAACUUGAAGACCUUAGCAGAGUUGAUGAAACAGAAUGGUUACCCCAGAUCCUUAGUAAGAAGAUUAGUCUUCAACACCCCCAACCAUCACAUGCAUGAACAACAAAUGGAAAAUACAAAUAACGAGCGACCACCAAGAGAACCACCAAGAGAAGAAAAUCAAAACAGAAAAAAGAUAAUAAUACUACCCCAUAUAGAAGGAUUAACACACAAGAUAACAAAGCUAUUGAGUGACGACAAUACCUUCAUAGCAAAAUACAAUGUGAAAACAUCUAAAUACCUGUACAGUAAACUCAAAGAUACAACACCCAAAGAGAGAAGACCCAACGUUGUCUACAAGAUACCGUGCAACAAUUGUAGCGGAGUAUACAUCGGAGAAACGAAGAGAACGAUGAAUAAAAGGAUCACAUCACACAAGAGUGAUUCUAGAAGGAACAUCCAAGCCUGCGCACUAGCUCAACACGAAAACACGACUGGACACCACAUGAAAUUUUCGGACUUAGAGAUCCUAGAUACAGAAACUAACAGUUGGAAGAGAAAAUUUAUAGAGAUGAUCAGGAUAACCCAAGAACCUAACGCAAUCAACCACAAAAAAGACAUUGAUAACCUCAGCGCAAUUUAUGCGAACCUAGUCGAGAUAGACAAAAUGUCUAGAAACAGAAACCCCAUACAGAUAGAUACAGAUACAGAUACGGAUAGAAGACCCUAG